AAUACUUGACAGCCAUGGAGAGCAUUCUUCAAGAUCUCCAAACAUCUCCAAACAUGUCCUUAGCAUUGCUAUUCCUUCUUCUCUUCAUCACCAUACUUUUGUUGAACAAGUUGGUAAAAAGAAACCCUUUCCCACCAGGGCCGAAGGGAUUACCAGUGAUAGGCAACAUGCGGAUGAUCAGCCUGUUGACCCACCGCGGCCUGGCGGAGCUGGCCAAGACCUACGGCGGUUUAUUCCACCUGAAAAUGGGUCACGUCCACAUGGUGGCUGUGUCCACGGCGGAGAUGGCCCGACAGGUCCUUCAAGCCCAAGAUAACGUGUUCUCCAACCGGCCCGCAACUAUUGCUAUCAGUUACUUAACCUACGACAGAGCUGACAUGGCGUUUGCUCAUUACGGGCCCUUCUGGCGCCAGAUGCGAAAGGUUUGUGUCACAAAGGUUUUCAGUCGGAAACGGGCCGAAUCAUGGGCUUCGGCCCGAGAAGAAAUCGAUUCGCUGAUUAAAGCUAUCGAUGCUAGGGUUGGAUCACCGGUUAACAUAGGGGAAAUAGUGCUUGGAUUGACUAAAAACAUCACUUAUCGGGCCGCGUUCGGGUCCAUGUCACAAGAAGGGCAAGAGGAGUUUGUGAAGAUUAUGCAAGAAUUCUCCAAGCUUUUUGGGGCUUUUAAUGUUGCUGAUUUUUUACCAUGGAUGAGGUGGAUCAACGGCCAAGAUUUCCAUAAAAGGCUCGAAAAAGCUCGUGGAUCAUUGGAUCAAUUCAUUGACAAGAUCAUCGACGAUCAUUUAAAGAAGAGACACAACAAGAAUAGUCAUGAAGAAGAUGAUGGGGCGAAGGUCGAAGAUGAUAUGGUGGAUGAGCUAAUGGAAUUUUAUAAUGAAAAUGACAACAGCAAGAAUGAUCCCGUAUCGACUAAUAUUAGCAUUACAAGAGACAACAUCAAGGCCCUCAUCAUGGACGUCAUGUUUGGCGGGACCGAAACUGUGGCGUCGGCGAUCGAAUGGGCCAUGGCGGAGCUAAUGCACAGCUGGGAAGACCUAAAGAAAGUGCAACAAGAGCUCGCCGAGGUCGUCGGCUUCGACCGAAAAGUUCAGGAAUCCGAUCUCGAAAAACUCACCUACCUCAGAUGCGUCGUCAAAGAGACGCUACGUCUACACCCCCCGAUCCCGCUCCUCCUUCACGAGACGGCCGCCGACGCCGUCGUCGACGGCUACAAAAUCCCGGCGAAGGCGCGGGUGAUGAUCAACGCGUGGGCGAUUGCGCGAGAGCACGGCGCCUGGGAUGAGCCCAACACGUUCAUGCCCUCUAGGUUCCUGGAAAGUGGGGCGCCCGAUUUCAGGGGGAGCAACUUCGAGUACAUUCCAUUCGGGUCGGGUCGGAGGUCCUGCCCGGGAAUGCAAUUGGGGCUGUAUGCUUUGGAGUUGACUGUGGCCCACCUUUGCCAUAGCUUUAACUGGGAGUUGCCUGAUGGGAUGAAGGGUGAUGAUCUUGAUAUGAAUGAUGUGUUUGGGCUCACUGCACCCAGAGCAGUCCAACUUGUCGCAAUCCCUCAAAAUCGUCUGAAUUUCCCAUUGUUCUAAACUCUCCCAAAGUAGAUGGAAAAUAUGCUUUGGAUGUGAUGUGGUCAUAAAUGAUUAAUUUGGUAUGAUAAUAUUAUGUUAAUAUGAAUGAAUAUUUCUUAUAGGUAUGUGCAAGAAUAUUCCCCUAUAUUUGUGUACUUAAUUUUAUA